AUGUAUGGCAAAGCUGAUUUGGUUCAAAUGACUGAAAGUAAGUCGAUCGAAAACUGGGAAGCUCAUAAAAAUAUUGCCAGAGAUGAAAAUGAUGAUUCAUUUCGAGGAACCACUGAAUAUGAAAUGAAUCAUCCACCGAAAGCACCUGGACCAGCGUUAGGACCAUAUUAUCAAUUUGUAACAACUGAUUUAGAAAAGAUGCUUUGGAUAGGAAGCGCACUACUAUUUCGACAUGUUGCAUAUGAUAGACCAAAAAUCGAAUUUACGUCUGAAGCAAAAAUCGAUUACGAUUGGGAGAUUUUAUACAACAAUAUCUUUGAUAUGCGCGCUUAUAGAAUCAAUCUCUAUAUUGAAUUACGUAAAAGCAACAAUGACGAAAAAAUUCGCUGGAUAAUCGAUUGGGGUGAUUAUUCAACAAGUGGACUAUUUCAUAUUGCUCAAUAUGAUCAAAAAUGGCGUGGAGCAUUCUUCUCGUGUAAUGGCUUUGACAGUACUAUGUCAAAACAGGUCAUAGCAGAUUUGACUUAUAGCGCAGUUUGGAAUCAUUUGCAUUCUAUUCAUGAAAAGACGCCAUUGCAUAUUUUACUGUGGGGUGGUGAUCAAGUUUAUCACGAUGGCAUUUUUGAAGAUGUUCCAUUUUUGAAAACGUGGCGCGAAAUGAAAUGGAAUCAGAAAUGGACAGCAAAAUUUGAGAAUGAGCCGAAAAAAGCGGUCGAACAGUAUUAUUUCAAUAAUUAUGCUGAACAUUUCGAAUAUCGUCCAGAAGUAAAAAAAGCAUUAGAAUCAAUUCCAAGUUUAAUGAUGUGGGAUGAUCAUGAUAUUUUUGAUGGAGCCGGAUCCUAUCCACCACUGCUACGUAAUAGUCCAACUAUGUUGGGAUUAUUCGAAGCAGCACAAAAAAUGCGACUUCUCUUUCAACAUCAUACUACGCCAGAGAAAGCUCGAAAACAUAAAUUGUUCGGCUUUCAGGGCCAUAAUUUUUUCGCUUGCUGUGGUCCCAAUUUAGCUGUUUUGGGUACCGAUGGUCGCACUGAACGCGAUGAAAAAACAGUUCAACAUGAAAAAACCUGGGAUAUGAUAUUCGAAAAACUUGACAAUAAUCUUCAAGAUGUCAAACAUUUGAUCGUUAUAUUUCCUAUUCCAUUUUCGUUUGCUCGUUAUAGAAUAGCUGAACCACUCUUAGAAAUUUGGAAAAAUAUCACGAUGAAAUGGCACAAUAUACCGUAUAGUAAAAAAACAAAUUCAAUCUUUGAUUUACCUGAACUAUACGAUGAUCGCCUCGAUAAAUGGACACACCAAGCACAUAUUGAUGAACGAAACAACGUUCUUUUUCGUUUUCAAGAUAUUGCUCACAAGAAACGAGUAAGAAUUACAUUUUUCAGUGGUGAUGUGCAUUGUUGUGGUCUCACACGAUUCCGAACGCAAGGAACUAAUGCUCCACCAUACAUUCAUGAUGCCAAAUUGAUGUAUCAAGUGGUUUCAUCUGCCAUUGUCAAUAAACCACCACCGCCACCAACUAUUCUCUGCGCCCAUUUCUUUAAGACUAAAUGGUAUCCAAUCAGUCAUACUGAAGAAGAGUUGAUCGAUUUUUUUGACAUAGCACCGGAUAAGAAAACAAAAUUAUAUCUUAAAAAAGUCCUUUCAAACCGGAAUUGGUGCUAUUUUGAACAGUGUGCAACGAAUAAUUUAACUGCUCAUACUAUUGCUCCAAAUGGUUUUCUUGGAAGUUAUUUUUGGCCAUUCAUCGACUAUUGUCUAUCAUCGAUUGGCCUCAUUCACAUACUAAACUGGAAACAUCAAGCAAGUGCACAAAAUCUGAAAAGUCAAACUUCAUAUACAACGUCGUUUUCUACGCCAAUUAGUCAACAUGAGCAAGAGCAACAAGAAGAGAACAACUUGCAAGUUCGCCUGUGGUUGGAAAAUAUUGAGACACAAAAAGGACAACGCACAUUUGCAAGUUAUGAUCUAUUCAUUCCUCUUUUAGAAUAA